ACUGUGCAUAUACUCGUGAUCAACUUGUCGAUGUCUUUCUGGAUUUUUUGGAUCCUUAUGAAGACUUCGACAAUACUGAACCAUGCAAGCAAGAGUUAAAUAUAGAAAUUGCUGUCUUUCUUAAUUCUUUUAUUGAUCAUAUUGAAACAACAAACGACGAUGAGAGUAAUAAGCUAAUUGCUUAUCAAAUCAUAAAACUUAUCUCAAAAGCUGAUGGAUUUGUUAUGAAAGAAAACCAAAAAAACCACGAAUUGAAGACAUUAGUAAACAGUGAAAUACUGAACCUCGAUUACCUCGCACAUCCUCAACCCCGAUCAAUUGCAGUUUCUUCUGAAAUUAAGGAGUACAUUCAACAAAAUAAGCUUUUAACUGUUCCUCAAAUUUAUCAUAAUAUAAAAGCCUCAAGUCUAAAUGGAUAUGUUCAUGUUACGCAACAGCAAAUUUAUUACUGGUGCAAGCGAUUAGGAUUUAAUGAAUAUAAGUUGUCUGAGGAUCAAAUAGAAUCGACAAUUCAAUACCUUUUUCAUCAACCUACUUGUAAACUAAUUAUUCAGCAACCUACAAUUAUUGCAUUUAUGACACCAUUAUUUAAUGUUUUUCCAAAAGAACAAAUUACUACAAUUGUCGUUGAUGCUACGUACAAUACUAAUCGGUUAAAGUAUGAACUUUAUACAAUCCUUGGAAUUAUGGACGAGACUAGGUUUUCUCUAUCCUAUUUGUUUCUAAAACCUGAUCAAAAAGAAAAGCGUUUGACGACUCUCUUAAACUGGUUUUAUUUGAUGAAAGAACAAGGCAUGCAUUACAUCAAAACCUUUCUGACAGACAAAGAUUUUUCACAGAUUACUUCAGCUCAAAUUGUCUGGCCUCAUGCGCGAAUUCAAUUGUGCUAUUGGCACGUUCUUCGGGCUAUUAAAAAAAAGCUAUCUAGCUCAGGAAUUGUAUAUUCAACAUAUGACGUAUAUGAAGCACAUAGUAUUUGUUCAGAAAUCGAUCCAUCUUGGCAACCAGCAUCAAAAAAUCAAAAUGUGCUUGUUGAUCUUUUUUCAAAUAGUGAUAGAAUUAAAAAUGUAGCAGCAGAUGAUGAAUAUAAAAUUUUUUGCAGAAAAGAUCUUC